GCGGUCGUGACGGAGCAGCGCGGAGAUGGCGGCGGUGUCGGUGCUGCGGGCCCCGAGCGGCGGGUUCAGCUUCGACAACUGCGCUCGGAACUCGCUCCUGGAGGCCGAGCUCGGGCAGAAGGGGCAGCGGCUGCCCACGGCCCGCAAGACGGGCACCACCAUCGCGGGAGUCGUCUUCAAGGAUGGCGUGGUGCUGGGAGCCGACACGAGGGCGACCGAAGGGAUGGUCGUCGCUGACAAGAACUGCUCGAAAAUACACUACAUUUCUUCCAACAUCUACUGCUGUGGUGCGGGCACAGCUGCAGACACUGAGAUGACGACUCAACUGAUUGCUUCCAAUCUGGAGCUCCAUGCGCUGUCUACAGGACGACUUCCACGUGUGGUCACAGCUAAUCGAAUGCUAAAGCAAAUGCUUUUCAGGUAUCAGGGCUACAUUGGUGCUGCCUUGGUUUUAGGAGGUGUAGAUGUUACUGGACCUCACCUGUACAGCAUAUAUCCCCAUGGAUCAACUGACAAAUUGCCUUACGUUACCAUGGGUUCUGGCUCACUGGCAGCUAUGGCCAUUUUUGAAGACAAAUACAAACCGGACAUGGAGGAAGAAGAAGCCAAACAGCUUGUGAGGGAUGCCAUUGCAGCUGGCAUAUACAAUGAUCUGGGCUCUGGCAGUAACAUAGAUAUCUGCGUUAUAAGCAAGAACAAGUUGGAUUUUAUCCGUCCGUAUGAUGUGGCCAACAGAAAAGGCGAAAGGUAUGGCAGAUACAAGUGUGAGAGAGGAACCACUGCUGUUCUCACAGAGAAUGUGGCACACCUGGAAAUUGAGGUGGUGGAUGAAACCGUACAAACCAUGGAUACUUCCUGAGCAGCCGCUGUGUCACUGAGGACACCCAUUAGAACAAAUGGUAUCCAGGAGAAACUACGAAUAUGCUGCCCUAAUUACAGCUCUGCUCACAGUAGGAAGAAUGAAUACAGUAAACUGGCUUCUUUGUGUCUAUAUCCUCAGCAUCAACCGUGACCCACUACAUUAACUUUGCACAAGCACUGCGUGGCACAAUUCCCUUGUUGUUCGUGCUCACAAAUCACACCAUGAACACGAAGAGUUAACUUCUCAUAAGGUUUCUGAACAAAUAAGAGAAAAUAACUUUGACCUAUUCAACCGCUGAUUCACUGCACUGUGUGGCUAAGACAAAGGGGGAAAAGAAGAAGAUACUUACUUCAUACAAUAAACAGCCCAAAGACCAGAUAUCGGAUUUAAAGUUAUAGCCGUUUUCAUGUAUUCUUUCUGGGGACAUAUAGUAUGGAGUUCCCACUGCAAAGAAAAUGAACAGAUGAGGAGUUACCAUCCAAGAAAGAGACGGUGCAACCUGCAUUGUUCAGAAAUGCACUUAGCUGAAGGAUGAGGGUUAGCAGAAACAGCUCAUUAGAGGAGUCUGGCACAAGAAUUUGGAAAGAAAUCAUGCUUUCAAAGGCAUAUUCUCAUCUAGAACCAAAAAUACAAUCACAUGAAACACUCGAUGACUGCUGAACACUGCUGAAAGCAUCUUUUCUAUUUCGGAAAUCCGAGGAAAGCUUUCCUCCCUCCCGAGCCACCGCUGCGCCUCCCAUGGGCAGAGCCACCACGAAUGAUGGUCCUCCUUUGGUUCACUCUGAGGCGCAGGAAGCACUGAGUUACAUAUUGAGGAUGUACAGUGCUGCAACAAGGAUCCCGUGACAGCACAUCACUGAGCGCUCACUUGCCAUACUCUGCACUAGCAGCACCACAGCCCGGCUCCAGAGAUGAUGGGGUGCCCCGGCUAAGAGUUUGGGAGACCACUGACUGGAGCAGGGAGGCGGCAGUGACAAACCUGACACCAGACACGUACUCACAGCUUUCCAGAAGAACCAAGAGAGUAAUUCCAAACUUUUAAAGGCUGUUCCAGCUCCAGUCCCAUUAGGAGCUGCUGGAUUUCCAUGUACUUCCAGAAGUCUGUGUUUUAUCACAAGAAAUUUACUACAGCAUUUUGGACAGGGCUUGCAGGAAAUUAUUAAUAAAUUCCUUACCUCAAAAAGGCUCUUUUUAAAAUCCUAAAUAAGUUUCAGUUGUGGUACUGAAAAUACAAGACAUCCUGGCAGUUUCAACUACAUCAAAUAAUCCUCAGAUACAUCAUUUAUUAAAACAUCCAAGGACUUUCUAUGCUCUCUCCUUUCUCAUGCUUUCCCAUCCUCUGUCAAUUUUUUUUUUUUUUUUUUUUUUUUUUUUUUGCUUUUGGCAUUCCAGCACAUCCAUCUCUUAAUUAAAGACCUUUCGCACAAGAUGGCAAAUGUUUAUUUUGCCUGUAACUUUCAGUUUGCCAUUUCUUCAUCCAAAGCCCUGUCUGCAGACAGCUGAAAGAUUCCUGAGCAGAUGAACAGUGGUGCUGGAGGCAGAGGGGGGAGAGCUGCACCACCUUCCCCGGCCUUCCCAAGGGGUUUGCACACGGUAGGAAACAAAUUACUUCUGGAGUGGAAAGCUCCUGAAAGGCAAAACGCCCCCAGAGAGCACACGGGGCCCAGCACAACACGGGGUGCUGCUGCCACCGGUGUGAGACCCGAGCAAAAUCACCUCGGGCUCCUGGAGCUCGGAGCACGCUGCAUUAAGUAAGUAGGUGAGUCCAAAACUUGGUUGCAUUCCCAUCAUCCACAAAACCAAAACAUGAGCCACCAGCCCGUUGAGACAGACACUGAUACGUCACUGAUAGACACCCAUACAUUGUCCAGAUUUGCGUAGAGGAACUGCACUUGGUUAGAGUAGCACUGAUUCAUUUUCCUCCUUAGAAAUAUGCAACUGGAGAAGAAAGAGCAAUUUGUUAUAUGAAGUUCUUGGUUGGGAAGUUUCCAUUAGACACAAGCACAUAAGACAUAUCCCAACUUUUAAGUCAGUGCUUCUUUUCUUCUCAAAUCUGAAAGAAACCUACCAGACUAGAUGGAGGAGACACCUACAUGGAAGGGAGCCUGCCCUGACCCGCAGCAAGUAAAGGAGCCACGUGUGGGGCUGCAGCAGAGCCACAGAGUGAGCAUGGAGCCCAUCCCGGCCCUCCCUGCCCGACACCCGUGUGCUCCAGAGCGCGCGGUGCCAGCGGCAGCCUCCAGCAGUAGCUGUUCUUGCUAUCAGUUAUUCUGGGUCACUGCGUGACAACCUCAGAGCAAAUAACAACGCGUGGGCUCCAAAGUUACGGCCCUGCCUGCCAUGUUAGCAGGGGUCUGCUUGGUAGGCUAAAAUUGUCGUUUCAGAUAACGCCUUAAAACAACCUUCGAUCACAGCAAAAUGACAGGGUUUGCAACACGGAUGAGUGCGUUAUAGUCCGGAUUUGAUUUUUUGUGCAUUAGUCUGUUCCAUUAUAUUAAUAGGUCUGUGGAGCAGUCCAUGCCUGAUCUGAUUUUAUGAAGUCUACCUUGCACAUUUACCUAUCAUUACUGUAGUGUUGUCAGCAAAUAUAUGAACAAGCAGGGCUCCGCAUUUCAGAACUGAUGCAUUAAUUUUUAAAUAGCCGUCAUGAUAAAAGACUGACAAGCCCAAUUCUCUUUAUGGCCUGUCCAACAUUACGUGGGAAUCUCCUGUAAUGAGCAUCUUCUAGAAAACCGCACAAGACUUCCAAUGCAAUCAGUCAGGGCUCACCAUUGCAUCACAUUAGUCAAUUUGACAAGAAUAGUCUAAUCGGAGACUAUUAAUCAGAAACUUUCUUUGGCAUUUGCCCAGCUGAAAAUACAGAAUAUUGUUCAGAUUCAAUAUUAAUCACCAGCUGCUAGAGUAAUGCCUUUAAAGUUACAAAGGUUGCGGAGCCGUAGAGAAGAUUAUGACUAAGCAAGCAUCUUCCUAUUCUAUUCCUGGAAGUCAAAGCACUUCGUUUGAAUAUCAGCCUGCCACAAAGAUCUCAGAACAACAGCUCUUCCUACCCCCCGAGCACUGCGCGUGCAGCUAAAACAACCCACAUGGACCAGAACGGCUCCGGUGCAACGUCCAAGGGAGGGUAGCGCUAAUUAUUCUGAGUUAGAUGAAAAGCAGCCUCUUGUUUCUGUGGGAAAACACACAGACAAAGGCAACGAAGUUACUGUGGAAAUAAAACUCACACAGCUUUGCUCUGAAACAGAGUUUGAAACAAACAGAUAAUGGUGCAGCUCCAGCAGCAGGGAUACCCUGUGCUGAGCUCCCAAACCUGCCCCAGGAACGCCAGGUGCAGAGCUGCACUGCCUCCAAUGCAGAAAGGCCCUCACUACAUAGGGAACAUUAUGCUCAAUGAUCUUGAAAACAUUCUUCAGCUUGAAUCAGAGGAUCAGAGGAGUUCUGUUGCAAAAGUGACAGCGGCUGAGUUUGUAUGUACACAACGGUUAUUUUCUAAACAGCGCUUCCCCCCGCGCAAAUACAGUUUAGCCAGGGAUCGAUGCUUCCCAUGAAAUUCAUACUUGGCUGCUCUCAGGCAAAAGUAAGAGAAAAUCUGAGCCACGUUUUUAAGCAGCUCUCUGACAAAGAGCCUCAUUCACCCAACGUAAGGCAGCACAGAUUGGUCCCUCGCAGCAGCGCUCCCCCACACCGCGGGCAGUGUGCCAGCACACCAAAAACAGCGCUGAGCAUCUCCCGCUUUUCUCAUAGGCUCUGUACGCUUCUUAAACAACAUUAUAAGAUAUUGGCAUCUCUUGAACCUAAUCAGAAUCCACAGCCAUAUUUGGCUGAAAAACACAAAACUAAUUGAUAAGGAAAGUUUCUAUUGCUUUGCCUUCACCAGUACCUUCCACCUAAUCUUUAAUAUGGAGCUGAAAGGUGUUUCUGAACCUACCGCCUCACUUUCUCACAGCAGGCAACAGAGUUCUGCCUACGAAAGAACCUAACAAGUUCUGACCUUUAUUGUAUCUUUACAGAGUACUCCCAGUUUCAAACCAAGAGAUAUCAGAGCACAACGUGGGCCUCAAAGGGGUAAUGCUGAUUAAAGCCCUCCUUCCCUUUAGAGACGCUCCGCUCCUGUCAAAACAAACUUUGUCAUGGUUUGAAAUACUUGUGUUUUUUGAAACAUGUUCAUUACAAAUGAAAAAAAACAGAACCAUGCUCAAAAGCCAGCGAUGCCAUCCACAAGGAACUCCGCUGCUAAAAACAAACAGAACAGUUUAAAGAUACUAAGCAUCCUCUAAGUGACUAGCUUAGCUUUAAUACUAUUGACACACUAUACCACGUGCCAUGACAUUAUGAAAAACACUUUAGUAGGUUUUAAUGCCUGGUGGUGCAAAUACUGCAGGAAAGCAGUUCUGCUUGCAAGGGCACCGCUCCCACCUGCCUCAUCUCUCCAAGCAAGCUCAUGGGCUCCCAGGAAGUCUCAGCAUUAUUUAAUUUGUCUGGCUUUUAAGUAUCAGUUGCCAAAAGCUUGCAUUACUUGGGGGAUAUUUCCAGAUAUUUUCGUAGAAGAAUAGUUUGGGAAUCAGACCAACUUUCAGGCAUUAAUUUUUGUAUUCUGUCCUAUUUGUCCUAUUCUGUCCCUCCUCCUCUGUGAUUUGGGAGAAGACACGAAGCUUCCCAUGUUCUCGGCUGUCAAGGAUAAGCUUCUUUCGACUGAUGAAGAAACGUUAAAUAACAAGAACUAGAUGUGAUACAGCUUUUCUUUACAUGGGGAUUAUGAAGUGAACGAACAAAAGAAACAACCGAAACCUGAGCAGCUCAGCUCAGGGAAACCAUGAGAGUAUCUCAGCCGCUGCUUCCCCUGCUUCAGCCGUGCAUCUGCGGCAGAAGCACUGAAUAUCUGUGAGUGCCUGACAGGAGACAGGCAGGCUGCGUCCCAAGGACAGCAGAGUAUGUCAAGCAAAAUAAAAAUGAAGCUGAAGUCAAAAGCAUUAAAAUGUACCUUAAAUUACUUCAAAACUGCACUGAGGUACCCAGGCUGAUUGUCUCAAGGAAAACAAAAAUUAAUCUACUUAUUCCUACAAAGACCAUUUUCUGAAUAGUAUUUCAGCUGUUCCUAGGAGACCUGCUGAUUUAAGUUCUCUAUUUUUUUAAAAGUUACAGACACAACCUGACACGACUUUUAGCCACACUUCCCACAUGUAGGUAUUGCAAUACACCUGCAGCAACUCUGCAGCAAUUGUUUCUUACACAAGCAGCACCUCAGAAACACAUCCAAAAGCCAAAGUUUCCCAAGAUGCGAUGCAAGGAAUACUGGCUGUUGUAAUACUAGUUACAUUUCUUCUGUGUGUAUCCCUCUCAAAAGAAAAACUCAACCCCCCCCGCCCCGAAUACUCCUACUUUGUUUCAGAUGACAAACAGGCUUACCAAGCCAAUAAAAUUAAAGGAAAAAAAAACAACAAUCAAUCAAUUUACAAACGAGUUCCUCCCACGCCUGCAGAGUUGCUCCCCAUUCACUUGCACAUCCAACAAGGAACUGGGGGAUGUGCAGCACCCCAUGCACCAGCCCAUGGCGGAAGGCUUGCCUUGCACACAUCCCACAAGGGGAAUCCACUCCCAGUUCCUUCUUGCCCAAGAACAAUUAACAAUUGGAGUUAUCUGCUCCAAAACAAGGCUAUUCUGGCUUUUGCUUUUCAAGAUGCAGAGCCCAUCAGAAGCUUUGGAUAAGCCAACUUUAUUUGGCAAAAGAACGAGCACGCUACUCAGUUCCAUAGUAAAACGGCCCAUUUUAAUAUUAAUGGAACUCUUCCGUAUUUAUUGCAUUUAUUGUAUUUAUUAAUCCUCCUACUAAAAUAAAAUCUUUCCAUUUAUUGUUAAGCUUCCCAAAGCCCAUGCAGUAUUAAAUGCUCCCUAUUUAUAAUACCACUGUAAUAUUUAAAAUAUUCAUAAGUAAUUAGGCUUUACAGCAAAACCCAACAACGAGGCAAUUCUAACAUGCCUGUUAGUUGCACUGUAGCUGACCAGACCUGCCUCUGGAUGCCCUCCUCAAAGAUCACCAAAUUAAAGACUGGACACGAACAGGCACUGCCAACAAAGCAGGGCAGAGCGGAACACCCCGGCCCUGCGAGUGCUGACUCAUGAAGGACAGAGCAGGCCGGGGAACACAGCCCGGGACGAGGUGCUGCCUGCAGUGCCACACGGCCGCUCUGGGGACACAGUGCUGUGCAAUGGGGCAAGGAAGCCCAGGGAUGCAGCAGAAGGCAGUGGCUGUGGGCAGGAGGAGCCCAGCUCCCCAGAGCAGCCAUCCCGCGCCACACAGGGCUCGCCAGCCUCUCCUGAGCUGUGUAUGGGCAAAUCUUUCAUUUUUCUUUCAUUACCCCGGCAUGUACUGUCACUUAAUUUUUAUGUAUGCAAUCCUUCCUGACAAAUAUGAUCUGCUGUCUGGUAAUUCGUCUGACGUUCAUUCUGCUCCUUGCUCUAAUUACGGCUCCCAUCCCCGGCGCAGCGGCCCGGUGGUACACCUGUCAGACGGGUCGUGGUGUGGCUGAACACCCCUUUAUGCCAGCCCGAUGUUGGCAAAUGCAAGGGUGAGAGAAAUGAGAUGGCUCCAUUUGCAUAGCCCUGCGCUGGAUUCAUGGGUCAGCGGCCAGCAGCAGGCCCGGGCCGGUUGCCGGGGCAACGGGGCUGCACUGAGCACCCAACUCAGCCUGGCCUGCGCCGCCAUCCCUCACGGCUACUGACACAAACGUCUUCAUCAUGCCAAAACCAGGAUCAGAAGCUUUCCUGCUGCCACACAGCCUAUGUGCCUGGCAAAUGGACGAAAAACAAAUAAAGAAGCACAGCUUCAAGCAUGCAAUACCUUCUCUGACUGCAAACACACUCCUUUCACUUGCAAGGACUAGGUGUGGUGGUCUGCCCAUCCCCACAUAGCACACACUGCCUCCAGAUCUGCUCCCUGCUGCCCAGCAGCACUCUGCAUCCCACCCGUUCUCAGGAUGCUGACGGUGAGGAGGGGCAGAGGCCCACGUAUUCCCAUCUCUUCCCAUCUCCUCCUAAGCAGCUCUCAACAGUGGAGAGCAGUGCUGGUGACGGCCACAGGCCGGGAAACUGGCUGCACAUGGCUCCCCGGCCCCAAUUUAUUCUUAUUAAUGUAGUAAGCGCAGCAGUCAGACUAGAUAACAUCACAUAAUUAGACAGUCCCAUUUUCGCCUGUUCAGAUGAUGAGGUUGUAACUUUCUGUGAAGAGGAUUCACUUUAACCUAGUGAGUUUAGUGCAUGUAUCCUAGGAUAAGUUGAUGCAAAGGGAAAUCUAACCUUUUAUGAAAGUUAACUGGAGAAAUGCCUAAGCUUCUUCUAAGCACACAAAAUAAGGCAUACAUCUUCCUUCUUUGCGUGCUCAGAAGCCCCAGUGUCAUUAGACACUCUCAACUAAGUUUGCAUUCAUAUAAAGAAACAACAGAGCAAGAGUCGCACUCAAUGGAGGAAAUGGAAUGGGUGAGGACAAACAGGGAAACAAAGAAGUUCUGUGUUCCAAAAGCAACAGAGCACGGUAUGUGUGGGAGCUCUGACUGUGCUGAGGCAGGGGUCCUCCUCUGCUGAACACGGGAGGGCAUGACUCAACAGCACGUCAGCACAAACGGAGAACGAGGCACCUCUCCAGCGCAGCCACUUAGGGCAAAACUAACAAUUAUGAAAGAUUUUAUACUGUAAGCCAAAGAAUGAGCUCUGUAUACUAUACACUUUUCCACAGCAUUGUAAAUAAUGCUAAUAGUAAAAUUCCUAUGAAGUAGUUUCCACAUAGUUCCUUCACGUUAACAAACCAUCACUAUUUAUCUCUUGAUUCAUGCUGAAAUACAUUCUCCUUGAAGGAAAGGAUUUGUCCUAAGCAUCUCAACUUGCAGACAGAAGAAAACAUGAAACAAAAUGUUUUUUAAGAAUUCUCUUACAGGAUGUGAGAAAAAGCAUACAGCCACUCUGGUUUCCUAGAGCUUUUACUUGUAAGAACACGCAGAGAGGUUCAUUUGUGUAAGAAAUCAGUUUGCUUUGCCAGCUUUAUAGACAGCUUACUUUCUGGAAAUCUUAUUGGAAUUGCAAUUUUUAAAUGGUGCAGAAGUGACUUCUCUGCAAACAGAUGAGAAGGUAACACUAUUACCUAAAAAUGGUAUGUACAUCAUUUACAAUUGUUGCUUCUUGUCUUUUUCCAUUGACUUGUCCAGAAAACCUCCUAUCACCCUGAUUCCAUGACAAGGCCACGGGCUUCAGAGGGAUGGAAAGAUAAGCAGCAGAUACCUUAUAACCUUCUACAACGACAUAUAACUUUGCAUAUAAAUAAACUCUGAAAUCUGCCUGAAUGAAACCACUUCAAAAAUGACAAACUGGUCAGAAAACAGUUCACUGUUGUAACAGAAGGCUACCUCCAGUGACGUCCUACAAGAUACCCGGUAGCACAAGUUCUGUUGAAUAUACCCAUUAGCUGUGGGAAUGCUGCUGUCCUUGUGGAUAACAAGAACCUAGGAUGAACCAAAGCAUAGCACAGUAUAGAAUAAAAUUUCAGAGAGAUGAGUAUCAAACAGCAUACAAUUCAGUAAGAAUGAAAGUAGAAUACUAUGCUUUGGCAGAGACAAAGCUGCACACACAGCAAAGCAGGAAAACAACCUUCAGAUACAUGGGAGGCAUUAAGAAAACUUGGAUCUAUUAAGCUGAAGCUGAAUUUCAAAGUGAAGUCCCUCUUUGGAACAGACAAGCUGUGGGGGCCUUAAAUACCUCCUCACCUCAGACAGCACCACAGUCCCUGUAUGGGGAAGACAGCUGAGCAGCAUCUGCUAAAAAAAAAGUGCUGGUGCAACAUCUAAUUCUAGUAAGCGGAGCGCAGGCAACUGUGCUAUUUAGAGUGGAAAAGCUGCAAUUGUUACAUUUGCUAUAAAUCACACCUUUAACAGGCCAGACAUUCCAGAAAAAAAAAAAAACCAACAAAA